AUGCCUUCAGAGAAUAAGUUUAACCCCAUGGCCACCUUGGGCAGGCUCGUCGGCUCGGUGCGCCGAAGGCGAGCAAACACCAUUGCCAUCCAGCAGGCCGAGACGGAGGCCUACAUUGCGCACAUUGCUGACCUGCGCCAACGAGCGGCUAACGCCGAGCACCUGAGGGAGACGGAGCUGCGCGAGCUUGCUAGGCAAGAUAAUGUCUACCUGGACCCAACAAGACGGGAGGAGCGUUUUGGCAACGACAGCGACAAGCUGGCGGAUGGGCUGGUGGCCCGAAUCUGGAAGAUCGGCGACACGUGGUGGUUCCUGAGCGUGGACGGUAAGCCCGUCUCGUCGGACGACCGUCUCGGGCGGCGGCAGACGGUGCUGCAAUGGCACCACGUGCGCGUUCCGACGGGGCCGUGGGAGGCGGCGUAUCCGUACCUGGCCCUGUGCACGUCUCGGCCGCGGGUCCUGCCGCAGGGUGCGCCGCAGGGCGCGGUGCGGAGGUUCACGAAGUGA